AUGUUCCAUGACCUCGGUCACGGUGGAACUGACCACCGACGGCGACUCCAUCAUGAUAGACGCACUUGUGUAAGACUGCAAAUCCGAGUCGACGAGGGCGCGCGUGGACAGCCGCUUAUCUUGCGGCGUAGACGGCAUGGCAGCGGCAUUCGUACCUGCCAAUCGGCUCGUUCUGUGGUGGUAUUGCUUUCCUCCGCUGAGGUACUGCCUGUCAACACCUUUCAAAGAGGAUCGACUCUUGAACGACUUGGGCAUGAAUGUCGCAUUCGACGACGCUUGGGACGUUGUCGAGUCGAGCUUGGUCGGGUGUCGAUGUGGAUAAUGCCGAGAUGGGUGGUGGUAGUCAGCUAUGUCGUCGUCAUGGAGGUGCCGCUGCUCAUCCAUGAUCGGCAUGUACGACGACAGAAUGCCGUCCCCUGCGACGCUGCUCAUGUUGUUGGACGCUUCGGAUGA